AUGGCGACGUCUCCAUCCCAUACGCGCACACGCUCCAACACCGUGACCGGACCCCACAGCGUCUCGCUCAAAGUCCUACGCCUUUCGCGGCCAUCAUUGGCGACGCAGACGCCUUUGCCGGCUACGAACUUUGGUGAUGGGUUAGAUAUCAGUCCUAAAGCGAGUGUCGCAUAUCCCACCAGCGAUGAGGCGCACCAGCAUGGUGCGUUCCCACUCACGCCGCUCCUCACUCUCCCAGCUGCAUUCGGCGCUGCCUACGUAGGCGAGACUUUCACCUGUACACUCUGCGCCAAUAACGAACUGCCCACCGAUACCUCGAACAAGACGGUCAGCGGUGUGAAGAUCGCUGCGGAACUGCAAACACCCUCCCACCCCGACGGCAUCGCGCUCCAGCUCGAAAAAGCAGGCAAGGCAGAGGACGGCGAUGAUGGUGGAGAUGUUCAACCAGGCGGCACGUUGCAAAGGACACUUGGUCACGACCUCAAAGAUGAGGGACCUCAUGUUUUGGCUGUUACGGUGACGUAUACUGAGACGCUUCACGGCAACGGCGCGGCGAGUGGAGGGAGGGCGAGGACGUUCAGGAAACUGUACCAAUUCUUAUCGCAGCAGUUGGUAGCGGUGCGGUCCAAGGUCACGGAGCGCAAGAAACGCGACAAAGAUUCAGCGGGCCCUAGAGAAUGGGUCCUUGAGGCGCAGGUAGAGAACGUCGGAGAGACCAGUGUAGUAGUGGAGAAAGUGAAGCUGAAGGAACGGGAGGGGAUAACAAGCAGGGAAAUGAUGAAUGGGGAGGAAGGGAGGGAGGCGUUGGUUCUCAAGCCGCAGGAUGUGGAGCAGGUUAUGUUUAUACUGAAAGAGGAGACAGAGCAAAAGGACGAAGAGGUGGGGGUGAGAGUCCCACUGGGACAGCUGCAUAUUGAUUGGAGGAGUGCGAUGGGGGAGAAGGGGAGUCUUACGACGGGGUGGCUUUCGAGUCGAGGAAGAUGA